AUGGCAGCCAUACUUCCCGAGAUGCCUGACUUCGUCACUUCUCUCGAGCUUCGCCAAGGCCCAAUCGACCAAGACACCAUCGGCUGGUUGAACGCUGUGCAAAGCUGUAUUGAUGCCCUCACUUCAUGGGAUUGCACCGACAGAGGCCUCAUCUACGCUCGUAUUCACGAAGACGCGACUUCCUGUACUCUCGCUCGCAUCACUCUGAGAUCCAAGGGCAUCAACAAUGUCAAGCCCCAACACAUAUACUUCAAAGAGGAUCUCGAGCCCGCUAUCUCUAAAUUGCUGAGACACAAUGAAAGAACCCGGAUCGCGAAUGCCAAGUUCUACGGCGAAGGAAUUCCAGCUUCCAACGACGAAUUGGAAAGCCCGGAGCGCAAGAGAGGAGAGACUGAUGCUGCACAUGCCACGAAGAGAUUCCGACAUGAGGUCGACCACAAACUCGAGAGUCUCAUCAUUAUGCUCUAUGGAUUACGCGCAUGGGCACACGACGAGUCAGACGGAUCCUCCGAACAUGCUUGUGAAGGUAUCCUGGAGCUUUUCGUGGACGCCUUGGGUGUUCUGGAAGGCGAGAGACAGGAUGAGAGAUGUUGCGAGUUGAAGGUCGAGAGACAAAAGAAGCAAGCGCUCAACCAGGAGUUGGAAGCCCUGGUUGAAACCCUUCACACUCUGCAGAAGCGUGUUUGCGAGGACUUUGGAAUCAAGCACAUGGUUGUUUCUUAA